ACGCCUUUUGCGAUGCACUUCACGCGAAAGAACGUGUCGGGCGAAGGCGAGAAGGUGGAUGUGGUCGCCCUGCAGCAGCGGGACUUGGCCGGCACGCCUGUGUUCCAAUACGUGAUGACCAACAACGCUGUGGAGCUCAUGAAGUACCUUGUCCACAACGACAGCCAGCUCAACUCCCGCGACAGCGUCGGCGCCACGCCGCUUCUAAUUGCAUUCCUGUACAUGAACUUUGACCUGGGCAAACAAGUCAUCAUGGCGUAUCCUGUGUCCAAGGGGUUUCCAUAUGCGUUGGCAUCUUACGAUGCUCGCGACGCCAACAACCCGUCGCCGUACCAAGGCGAGAACAUUUUGCAUAUUGCCAUCGUACAUCGCAAACUGGAGAUCGUGAAAUGGCUCGUGGAAACCCUCCCCGACCUGCUCGAUGCAGAGACCACUGGAGUCUUCUUCUCGCCUGGACACGCGUGCUACUUUGGCGGGUCACCGCUGCUCUUUGCCCUGUCAUCACGACAGCUCGAGGCCGCGGCCUGCAUCCUCCAGGCGGCCGACCGCGCGCCGUCGACGUCUCGCGCCGCGCGCACCAGCAUCUUCAUGAUGGACGCGCACGGAAACAACGCGCUGCACAUGGCCGUCGUGCACGACCUCCCCGACGCGUUCGACUUUGCCGUGCGCCACGCCAUGGCCCGGUUUCCGAACGCGUGCCCCAAGUCCUUUGACGCCAACGACGCCACAACGCCGUACGACUUGCCGCUGUUUAUGAAGCAGCUGCACGGGACCGACAAGGACCAUUUUGAGCGGUUCAUCCGCAAACACAACACCGACUACUUAUCGCCGUUGACGCUGGCAGCCGCGAUGGGCCGGUCGCGCAUGUUUAAACACAUCCUCAAGUCGCUCAGCGUCAAGUCGUGGACGUACGGCCCCGUGACGUCCAUGAUGAUUCCGUUGAAGGGAUUGGAAGAGCGAGCCCGCCGACACCGACCCAAGAAACCCCAUGCGCCCAAAGGGGGGGGCACAGUGCGCCCCACGACGGCCGAAGUGCCGUCCGCCGAGACGUCGUCCCACCCUCGCCUGGACCCGAUUCAGGCAUCUUGGUGGCAUCGCGUGCUAGAGCGGCGCAACGUGCGCACGGCCGUGGAAUGUCUCGGGUCGAACUCACCGCUGUCGAUUUGCAUCGACCCAAAGACCCUCAAGGACGUGAUGCGCCACCGGUUGGAAAUGAUCGACACGUUUGAAGUCAAGAUGGUGCUCGAUAAAAAGUGGGAGUUUGCCGGCCGCCACUUGUUUACGUUCAACUUUCGCCGGCAUGUGUUGUUUUGCAGCGCGUUCACUGCGUCCACGUUCUUCACGCGGCAUUACCGCGACGACGGCGUCAACUUGGACUGGACCACGGCGUGGCCGCACGUUGUGCUCGAGUGCGUCGUGGUAGGCGAAAUGAUCUACCGCGUCUACUAUGAAUUCAAGCAAAUCAAAAAGAACGGCAUCGCGGGGUACUUGGAAGACACUGGCGCGGGUAUGGUGGACAACGUGCUCAAGCUGUCGUUUUGCGUCUUGGUGGCCCUCGCGGUUGUAUUUCGAUUGUCGAGCAACUUUGUGAGCGAAGACGCGUGCGUGUCGCUGGCCCUCCUCGCCACGUACUUUUACUUUUUCUUCUUCUUGCUUGGGUUUCGCAGCACAGGGCCGUUCAUUGUCAUGGUGCUGCGGAUGCUCGUCGUGGAUGUUGGUCGGUUUGUCGUCAUCUAUUUCUUCGUGCUCACGGGGUUCGGCAUCAGUCUGUACGUGAUUGUGGACCAGCGCGCGGGGGUUUCUGCGUGGUUUCAGCGCAUGAAGAGCUUGUCCCUGGCGUCGUUUUGCUCGACGUUCGCAUGGAGCGACUUUCAAACGAUAAACGUCAUGCAGCUGAGUCAGCUGAGCGAGCUCCUUGUCUUCACGUACUUGUUCAUGGUCGCUGUGGUGUUUCUGAACCUGCUCAUUGCCACGUAUGGUUGCAUCGUGUACGUAAAUGCUUGGAAUAUGACAACAUGCAUGUAGGAUGGGCAACACGUACGAGUCGAUCAUUGAGGCCUCCGAACAGCAAUGGUAUGCCGAGCGAGCCAACAUCAUGAGCAGCAUGGAGAUUACCUUGUCCAAGACGACGCGGGAAAGCAAUCGGAUGCGGUAUGCAGUGGAACUCGAAGGCGAGCGGUACCUACAAGUGGAAUACGUCGACUCGGACGCGUGGCUCGGUGUGCAGGAGCAUGACCUGCAUGCGACCUUUCAUGACUUUAAGACGGCCGUGGCGGAGUUUCGCGCCAAGAAAGCGGCUAACAGGGACGACGGCGACGAAAGCGCUUCGAUCCAGAAUCGAAUUGAUGCACGGAUACACGAGCUACAUGAUGUGCUGUUUCCACAAUAGACGUUCCAUGCAUUACUCAUGGGAUGAUUUCAUUACGACUACGCUUUACUACCGGUAGUAGUCCCAGCCACCGAGCAGGCGAUGCG